GCCCAGCGCCACUGGGUUCACGUGACCCUGCAUCAAAAACACAAUAAAAACAUUGUCAUUAAUGAAGACAAAAGACAAAUACAGCAUCGAAAUGGUAAAAGAAAUUCUCAAAUUUCUAAGACCUAUAAUUUGGGUGUCCUAGGGUAUCCAGCUAUCCACUCAGGGAAACAUUACUGGGAAGUAGACGUGUCUGGAUGCGAUGCCUGGCUCCUGGGAAUAAAUGAUGGAAGGUGUGCUCGACCCCAGCUUCCUGCAGCAAAUGAAAAGGACUUUAGAGUCAAAUAUAAUUCUGAUGUUAACCAAGAUGUAUAUUAUCAGCUUCAAUAUGCCUUUGACCGUAAAUACAAACAAGAUUUUGGGGAUGACCAAUAUGUGAAUUAUCAACCUAAACAUGAAGUUGAAGAUGAUUUUGAUGAUGAACAGCAUGUAAAUUAUCAGCCCAAAUGGGGCUACUGGGUUAUUGGAAUGAGGAGCAGGUCUGUAUAUAAUGCCUUUGAAGAGUGUUCCGUCACCCACAAUGCCAGUGUCUUGCUCCUCUCUCUCACUCGUCCUCCCACUCAUGUUGGAGUUUUCCUGGACCGUGAAGCUUGCACUCUCUCAUUUUAUGAUGUUUCCAACCAUGGAGCUCUCAUCUAUAGAUUCUGUGAACCGAACUUCCCUGAUGCCGUUUAUCCAUAUUUUAAUCCUAUGACAUGUUCAGAGCCAUUGACAGUCUGUGGGCCGCCCUCCUAAGCCAUCACCCAUGUCUGCACAGUGUCCCUGUGUCUGAUAUAUCUAUAUGUCUGAGCUCUGGGGAAUCAUUUUAACUUUUUCUACUUUUGUCUUCCCAUGUCAGUGACCUUCACGUCUAAAUACAAACCAGUAUUGGUUCUUUUCCUUGA